UAUGAUUUUGGUAGAAGGGAAAUAAUCCACACUUACAAAAUGGAGGGAUUCGAAUCAUCUGUUGAUGUUAGCGUGGACAACAGAUCUGCAUUUACAUGUACAUCUGUUGGCGGAAAGGGAAGUCAAGUUUCUAUGCAAAUUGAACCAGGGGAGUUUUUAGUUGUGCACUCUAAUUCUCCAACACAUAAGAAGACAUGUCUAAAGGAAGACCUUAAAAGUACCAUGAAAAUGUCAAUUCAAAAAGAGGAUGAAUAUGAAACAGGGAAUGAUUUUAUUGAGGAGCCAAUCACUGGUUCUGAGGAUGCUGGUAUAUAUGACUCAGAUUUUGUAGGAAGUUUAACAAAAAUUUCACAAGAGGAAGUUGAGGAAAUUCUAAAAACCUGUGAUUUGGAUAGAGAUAAAAUAAUCGACACUUACAGAAUGAAGGAAUUUGAGUCAUCUAGUUAUGUUCAAAUUACUAAUAAAUCUGCAUUUGAAUAUCCAUCUGUUGGCGGGAAAGUCUUCAAAGGUGGAAUAUGGAUGCCAGCGAAAAAUGUGGUUGUUAAGGGAAGUCAAGUUUCUAUGCAAAUUGAACCAGGGGAGUUUUUAGUUGUGCACUAUGAUUCUCCAACACAUGAGAAGACAUUUCUACAGAAAGACUUUAAAAGUGGCAUGACCAUGUCUAUUCAAAAAGAAGAUGAAUAUGAAACAGGGAAUGAUUUUAUUGAGGAGUCAAUCACUUGUUCUGAGGAUGCUGGUAUAUAUGACUCAGAUUUUGUAGGAAGUUCAACAAAAAUAUAACAAGAGGAAAUUGAGGAAAUUCUAAAAACCUGUGAUAUAGAUAGAAAUAAAAUAAUCUACACUUACAGAAUGUAGGGAUUUGAGUCAUCUGGUUAUGUUCAAAUUAACAAUAAAUAUGCAUUUUAAUAUUCAUCUGUUGGCGGGAAAAUCUUCAAAGGUGGAAUAUGGAUGUCAGCGAAAAAUGUGGUUGUUGAGGGAGGUGAAGUGUCUGUGCUUAUUGAACCAGGAUAGUUUUUAGUUGUGCAAAAUGAUUCUCCAACACAUGAGAAAACUUUAUACAAGAAAGACGAUACAAGGGGCAAGACAAAGACUAUUCCAGAAGCGGAUGAUGAAGAGGAAAUCGGAAAAGGGAACGACCUUAUUGAAGAUUCAGCCACUGGUUCUAAGGAUGCUGUUGAUGCAAGCCAACAAAUUGUACUUGCACACAGCAAUAAAAAGCUGUCGAUUUGCGUUUGUGUAUUUUUUCCUGCACGAUGAAUAUUUCUUAACUUGUUUGUGUUUUUGUGAAGAUAUGCAUCACCAUAUUUUGAACAUGUCUAAAUUUGACAAGUCAGUUUGUCCUAUAGCCAAAAAAAUCAUCAACGCUAGAUUUAGACAAAAAGUUAGAGGACACGCCAAACAUAUUUUGAAUUAAGUAAUAUGCCAAGUUAUUCAAUAUGUUCUUAAUAUAAAACAAAUAAAUGCUCAUUUAGUCGUAAAGUUUGCACAUGUUGUACAUUAAUGAGAAAAUUGUCUACCUGUUUCAAAAAUAGCGCAUUUUCUACAUUUCAAUUAAACUUGCAUAUUUAACCAA